UUAUCCUCUCUCUAGAAAUAAAGCAGUCUCCCCGGCGAGGAGAGAAAGAGAAAUCGAAAAUGGCGACCAUAGUGGGAGCGCCAUGGACGAGGAUUAGGUUUUACCCGGAGGUCGCUCCUCCAUUUCUGCGACGGUCUCCGCUGUUCUACAGAAGCAAGAGAAUCCAAGAUUUCCGAAGGAUAAGAACUUUCUCGGUCUCUGCAAAGAAUUCUGGCGAAGAAAGGAACGUUCGAGUUCGUUUCGCUCCUUCGCCGACCGGGAACCUCCACGUUGGCGGAGCGAGAACUGCACUUUUCAAUUACCUCUUUGCCAGGUCCAAAGGAGGGAAAUUUGUUCUGAGAAUUGAAGACACUGACUUGGAAAGGUCCACUAAAGAAUCUGAGGAAGCAAUGUUGCAAGAUCUGUCUUGGCUUGGUCUCGAUUGGGACGAAGGACCUGGAGUUGGCGGGGACUAUGGUCCGUAUAGGCAGUCGGAAAGAAAUUCUAUGUACAAGCACUACGCAGAGAAGCUUUUGGAGUCUGGUCAUGUUUAUCGAUGCUUUUGCUCUAAUGAGGAACUAGAAAAAAUGAAGGAGAUUGCGAAACUAAAACAACUGCCUCCAGUAUACACAGGAAAGUGGGCCAGCGCAAUGGAUGAUGAAAUGCAGGAGGAGCUGGAGAAGGGAACGCCUUAUACAUAUAGGUUCCGUGUGCCAAAGAAAGGGAGUUUGAAAAUUAAUGACCUAAUCCGAGGAGAGGUCAGUUGGAAUUUGGAAACGCUUGGAGAUUUUGUUAUUAUGAGGAGCAAUGGACAGCCUGUGUACAAUUUUUGUGUCACAGUAGAUGAUGCUACCAUGGCAAUCUCACAUGUUAUCCGAGCAGAAGAGCACUUACCAAAUACUCUAAGGCAGGCAUUGAUAUAUAAGGCUUUAGGAUUCCCAAUGCCUAACUUUGCUCACGUUUCCUUAAUUCUUGCACCUGACCGGAGUAAACUUUCUAAACGUCAUGGUGCAACUUCAGUUGGCCAGUUCAGGGAGAUGGGGUAUCUUCCCCAGGCGAUGGUGAACUACCUGGCAUUAUUAGGUUGGGGUGAUGGCACAGAAAAUGAAUUUUUCACCCUCGAGCAACUUGUUGAAAAAUUCUCAAUUGGCCGAGUUAACAAGAGUGGUGCUAUCUUUGAUGCCACCAAAUUAAGGUGGAUGAAUGGUGAGCAUUUAAGAGUAAUUCCCUCAGAAGAGCUGACUAAGCUUAUUGGUGAGCGAUGGAAAAGCACUGGCAUCCUUACAGAAUCAGAAGGGCCAUUUAUUGAAGAAGCAGUUCAGCUGCUCAAGGAUGGGAUUGACUUGAUACCACAUUCAGACAAGGCACUAUCAAACUUGCUUUCUUAUCCUUUACAUGACACUUUAAAGAGUCCUGAAGCCAAGCCCAUAUUAGAAGACAAACUUUCUGAGUUUUCGACCAGUCUGAUGGCUGCUUAUGACAAUGGUGAAAUCCUUAGUGCACUUGAAGAAGGUAGUGCUGGCUGGCAAAAGUGGGUUAAGAGCUUUGGCAAAUCACUGAAGCGCAAGGAAAAGUCACUGUUUAUGCCUCUCCGAGUGCUGCUGACUGGAAAACUCCAUGGUCCGGAAAUGGCAUCUAGCGUGGCUUUAAUCCAUAAAGCGGGAACAUGUGGUGUUGUAGCUCCUCAAGUCGGGUUCGUGCCAUUAAACGAAAGGUUCAAAAUGCUGAGGCAACUCGACUGGGAUUCAUUAAUCAAGGAUGAGCCACUUGUGGAGGCCACCACCGCAGCAUCUAAUUGAGAAUUCACAGUUUUGAUCGGCUUUUCAACUAGGACUUUUUUCUUUAAUUAUUAUCGCUUUUUUU